AUGGAUAAAUUUGUAAUUCGACAAAGUGUUAAAAUUUCAGAUAACCAAGAGGAUAUUGCAAGUAGCAAUGAGUCCAGUGAAAGUAAUCAUGAGCAAACUAAUUUUAAUAAUAAAAAAAAAUCUUAUAAAAAAAUUCGCACUAGUUGGGAUCCUAAUUUUUCUAAAAUUUAUCCUUGGGUUGAAAAAUAUGAGGAUGUCAAUGGUGUUAUUACUAAUAAUCAGGCUGUAAAACAAUAUUCAGCUUUAUGUCAAUUAGAGCAAUUACAAUUAAAAAAUUGUAACGAGCUUUAUUUUGAAAAAGAACCUAUUGUAUUAAAACCGAUUGAUAAUGAAAUAUCUAGUUUGAGUGAGCAAGAAUAUGCUUCAUAUGAAAACCCAAUAUCUGGACGUAUGUUUCUUGCAUCAAUAGCAUUUGUUAUAGAAUAUGAAAUAAUUCAAGAGUUAAUUGAUUCAAAAAAUUGGAGCAUUUUAGUCGAUGAAAGCACUUCAUUUAAUACUAAACAUCUUGCAAUUGUAGCUAAAUAUCUUAUUAACAAUAAACCAGUUUUGCGAUAUCUUGGAAUAAUUGAACUUACUAAUUGCAAUGCAAAAUCAAUUACUGAAGAUCUUGAAAGAUUUAUAAUUGCAAAAUCACUUAAUAUUAAAAAUAUAUUUCAUUUUGGAAGUGAUGGUGCUAGUACAAUGCUUGGACAUCGAACUGGUAUUGCUGCACGACUUAAAAACCAAGAUGCCACAGAACAAGUUUUAUAUUUUAAAAAAUAUGAUACAUUAGUUAAAGGAAUUUAUUUAUAUUUUAGUAGUUCUUAUAAACGAUUAUUAACUUUAAAAAUGGUACAAAAUACUUUAGAAGAACUGGAGCUUGUAUUAUUAAAUAUUGUAUCUACUUGUUGGCUCUCGUUCUCAAAUGUUAUUCAUAAUUUUCACAGAAGUUUAAAAUUAGUUAAAGAAGCUUUAUCAGAAGAAGCAAUAACUAAUCAGCAAGCUGCCUCCUUAUUAACAGAAAUUGAUCAAGAAUUUGAAAUUAUAACAAUGUUUUUAGCUGACUAUUUUUUUAUUAUGAAAAAAUUAAUAUGCAUUUUUCAAUCAGAUUAUGUUUUGUUUACAGAUAUUCAACAAUAUAUUACUAUGACAGUUGAUGCAAUUCAGGCUCAAUUUAUUGACAGCAAUGAAGUCUUACCUACUUAUGCAAUAAUUGAAAGUCUUAACAAUCGCUUUCCAAAUAGAGAACUAUUUAACGCAUUAAAAAUAUUUGAUCCUGAACAAUUACCAAAUUUAGAUAGUGAAUUAUCUAAUUAUGGCAAUGAAGAAAUUAGAUUUCUUGGCGAUUUUUAUGGAUUAGAAAAAAUAGUUAGUGAUAAAAAGUUUAAACCACCACUUAACAAACAAUUAUUAAUUAAAGAAUGGGGAUUA